CCCUGAAGCAAAGAAAGGUUGCCAUCGUGGGCAGUCGAUCGGUUGGUAAGUCAGAGAGGAAAAAGACAAAACGAAGCCCAUGAUAUGGCUCCAAGCCUAUCUAUAGCCGCUUCGCCACCCUUGCAGCACAAUACCUGACUUCCUGAUGCUAGGCAAAUCAUCGCUCGCUGUGCAGUUCGUUGACGGUCACUUCGUGGAGAGCUAUUACCCGACGAUAGAAAACACUUUCAGCAAGACUAUACAGUGGAAGGGCCAGGAUUUCUCGACGGAAAUCGUCGACACCGCUGGACAGGAUGAAUACAGCAUCUUAAACUCGAAGCAUUUCAUCGGCAUCCAUGGAUACAUGCUAGUUUAUUCAGUAUCGUCCCUGCCAUCGUUUGAGAUGGUUCAGAUCGUCAGAGAAAAGAUCCUUAAUCAUCUAGGUACCGAAUCCGUUCCCAUCGUCAUCGUAGGUAACAAGAGCGAUCUUCGACCAGAGCAGCGCCAAGUCAGCCCCGAAGAGGGCAAGAAGCUGUCCGAGAAAUUCCAGUGCGGCUGGACAGAAGCGAGCGCGAGAUACAAUCAGAAUGUUGGCAGGGCAUUUGAGCUUCUGAUUGGCGAGAUUGAGAAAUCUCAGAGCCCUGGAGAACCCCCAGCAAAGAGCAAUUGUCUCUUGAUGUAACUCAUACCGAGCUAAAGAGAUGCCCG